AUGCGACGACGAACGACGACGGCCGAACUCAGCUCCAGGGGAAAGCCGACCACCCGUAUCUGCGAGGCGCACGUCUUCCGCUGUCUGGCCGUCGAUUUCAACCCAAACCUCCCCAAUCUCCUCGCCACAGGCGGUGACGAGGGCGCGCUUCGUAUCUGGGACCUUCGACAGCCCAAGGCCGCCAUAUUCUGCACGCGCCCCCAUUCACACUGGGUCACCCAGGUUCGCUACCAUCAAGUACACGACCAGCUGCUCCUCACCGGCUCCUCAGAUGCGUGUGUCGUGCUCAAUUGUGCCCAGUCCGUCUCUUCGGAUGCACAAAUCGAUGCGAGUGCCGAGAGGGAUGAUGAUGGAGAGCCGCUGGCGAAACUGACGGACGGGGAGCUGGAUCGGAUCAACGAGCACGAGGACACCGUGUCGGCCGUCGAAUGGUCUAGCGCGGAUCCGUGGAUCUACGCGUCGUUGAGCUACGACGGCCGGGUCGUCAUCAACCGGGUGGCCCAUGCGCUCAAAAAGGGUGCCGUUGUUGUUGCAGGCGUGUUCAUCGGUGCGGCCGUCGUCAACAGCGUUUUCCAACCCAUGAAGGGCUACGAGGAAGAGUUGAGCGCGAAAAAGGCGCUUCUCCUCGAGAAAUAUCGACAACGACACGAGAUGCGGAUACGCAAUGGAUAUGUGCCCAUGAUUGACGCCGAGAGA